CCCAAUCCACCUCUCUGCUUUCUCUCUCUCUCUCCCUCGUGCAGCUCAGGCACCUGCCACGUACAUCUCUCUCUCACACACACCUCUUGUGCCAAGCACGCGGCACCACCGGCCACCGGAGGAGGAGCUCGAAUCCGGCGGCCGGCCGGCCUGAGCAGGAGGGGUAGGAGGCGCCUGCGAGAUGCCACGGCGAGCAGGGCCUUGCUGUUGAUGCGAGAUUCCCAAUGGCGUCGCGCAGCGCCGCGCUCUGCUUCUCCGCCGCCGUAGCCACCGUUAACGCCACCGGCGGCGGCAGGGGCGGGAGCCGGAGGCGCUUCUUGGUCGUCUGCUGCGACGGCGGCCGGAGAUCCGACCUGCUCUCUUCCUCCCUCGCGGCCAAGGUGCUGGGCGCGCCGACGACCUUCGACGCGGCGAAGCUGACGGUGCAGCACGCCGCCGGCGCCAGUCCAUCAGCGUUCCCGCGGGCCUACACCCUCAGCCACUGCGACUUCACGGCGAACCUGACGCUGGCGGUAUCGGAGACCAUCACGAGCGAGCAACUCCGACAAUGGGGGUGGCGGCGCGACGACGUGUUCGCCGAGUGGAAGGAGAUGACCUGCACCGGCGGGCCGGGCGGCGGGGAGAUGACGCUGCACCUGCACUGCCACGUGAGCGGGCCCAACCCGCUGCAGGAGCUGGCCGCCGGCUUCCGCUACUACGUCUUCUCCAAGGAGCUGCCGCUGGUGCUCAAGGCGGUGGUGCACGGCGACGCCGCCCUCUUCGCCGCCCGGCCGGAGCUCAUGGACGCCCGCGUCUGGGUGCACUUCCACUCCUCGUCACGCAAGUACAACCGCAUCGAGUGCUGGGGCGCCCUCCGUGAAGCCACCAAGAGGAAUCUGCUGGAUGGGGGGCUCGUCGACGAGCUCCAGAGCGAGAUCACCGAGCGACGAAGAACGUGGAACAUAUUCAACGCCCUCGUCUCGUUUCUGCUAUGAUCUCCGAUCCGGUGAUGCGGUCCGGGUAUAUAUGCAUGUACAUUGAUUGAGAAAGAUUUGAGAGAUAGGGUAAGCAAUGCAAUGCAUUGCGCGCAAGAGAGAGAGAGAAAGAAAGAAUUAUGCUUUCUUUUGCUCUGUCUGGUCAUUCUUUGCCUUGCCUUGUUGGCAAGAGAGGAGGAACUCUAGACACCAUUCUUCUUCAGUUCUUGACAUGUACAUUACUGCCAACCAAAUCGGUGCAUUCGUUCACCUUGUUAAGCAAGCAUUUGACCCCUCUUGUUUAUCGAAUGCUGACGACAUUUGCUGAUUUGAUUUUGAUC